AUGAGCCCAAGUGGCGAUGCUGCGCAGGUUCCAGGACAGGGACGAGUUCGUGUGAGCCUUCCGAACGGCGUUACACCGCGUGUGGGUGGAGCGUUGGAGGAGGAUGCGGACUAUGUGCAAGCCCUUCGGGCUUCCGGACUCGGCGCGACGCGUGCAAACACCGGACAUGGUACGGCGGAUGAAGCUGUUACAGGAGCGCGACCGGACCGAGGAGAAGCUGAAGGUGUGCCAGCGUUAGUGGAUGCGAGAAAUGAUGAGGUUUUUCAGUCUCCCACUACCGAACAGCGAGAACAAGACCGGCCAUUGCUGCCACAUGCUGCAGUGAAUCCUGGAAGUGGCCCCGAGGCGUUGCCAUCGGGUAUUUCAGGGUCCUUAUUCCCCUCACCUAUGCCCUCGCCACUGACGCAGUCCAUGCCAGGUACUGACUCUCCAUCCGUGAGUGGUGGACUCAAUUUGGCACAACAUGGUGCUAAUGCGGUGCGAUGGUUUUCAAGGUUGGGAGAGUAUGUGCAGCGAAGGGUGGCUCAGCAGUCACGGCCGGGAGUGGAGACAACGUUAGUCCAAGAGACGAUAUGGUCUCCUGGUGGAUCUACCAGGAGGACGAGUGGAGGUAUGGCCGAGAACCAGCCUCUCUUCGACCACGGACAAGCAAGGAGAUUGCGAGAAAUGACCUUGGCGGCUCCGCAGCUUUAUGGUGCAACGUCUCAGAGGGCGGCAGGUUCAGAUUCAUCGGCUUCCUACACCAGAGAGCAGAUGGAGAUGGAAGUCAAGCGCCAAGUGGAGCAGGCUAUGCAAAGCCAGAGGGUGCUGUCCGACGAAAAUCAGCGCAGCGAGGCACUCCGGCGGUCACUUCUGCGAGCGGAGAGUGUCUACCCGAAGGCAAUCCACCCGGACUUUCUGGACACAGUCGUGAGCAGGAGGGUGAAAGGACUCCGUGGACUCAGUCACCAGGACUGCAGCAGGGUUUGGGAGGGACUCGUGAACAGGAUGCAGGGCGGGGACCAGAGAGUGCUCCGAGCUUACAUGGAAUUCUGCGAGGAAACCCCGAGAGCCAAGACGGUCGUGGAGAUGAGCGCGGAACUACAAGGACCCGGAGCCACAGCGAACCAAGGGGUUAUCUUUCCGAGCUACUUGGACGCUUUGGGGGUUCUGAGCGGCAAGAUGGCGAUGGUGAUCACGGCCUAUCUGGUGGCAAUCCUUUGGGACUAUCAGUACGCGACGGUGAAUCCAGAGGCGAUCUUGUUGGAGCGCGACCUAGUGAAGGGAGAGGGAGGUUCAGUUCCACAAGGUCCCGGUGCUAGCCUACAGGAUCCAGGUCCAGGAGGAGAGCGGGAUGAAGGAACGCAAGGUAUUAUUCAGAUGGAGGCGCUGCUCAAGGGUAUGACCCAGCUUCAGGCCGCGAUGACGAUGCAGUUGGGUAUGGCAGCUACCAAGCCGGAGACCAUUCGUCCGGGAACCUCGGGAGCAGAACUCCCCAAGCUUACGGAGGCGGACGAGUAUGCAGCGAUCAACGUUGGAGACUGGCUUCAUGGGCUUUCCGGGCCCAUGGGAGACCUCACGGAUCGGAGCGCGACAUGGUGGACUGAGACCAUGAGGUGUCUGGACUGCUUCUACCAGCAGUUCGUGACCGCGUCGGCCGUGAAGAAGCUGCAGCUUAAGGCUGAGGACUUCAUGUCGCCGCAGCUCAUGCAAGGUGAUGAGAACAGAGUUGUUAGCGAAUCGGUCUGGAAGGCCCUCGAGAGCCCAGGAACCGCAGGAUCCACGGCCGAUCUGGUGGAAGCGCUGCGGAAGUGGGCCCGAUGGCUUAAGCGAGCCCAAGAUCUCAGUCUCCAAGUACCAGACGCAUCCAUACUUCUCCGAGGUUUGGACGCUGCCGCCAGAGGGCAGUUGACGCAGCACCAUGAGGUGAACUUCCGUACGAAUGUGCUUCGCUACAGUUUGGACUUGGAUGCGGCCCCGACUUUGGCUACGGUGAUGAAAUACCAUAGUCACUUACUCGGAGAGUUUGAGCAGUUGACCUACAGAGGGCGAGGAAAAGGACCGGGCCCUUCAAUGCCAGUGGUGAAGAAUGUCAACGUCGCGAGCGGGGACAUUGGAGGCGGAGGCACACAAAAAGGAGGUGCCAGUCCCCAAUCCCCUGGAGGAGGAAGGCCGUGCAAGUUCUACCUGUCGGAGACCGGUUGCCAAAGGAGCAAUUGCAAGUACGCCCAUGACUGGAAUGCCAUACCAAAGGAAGAACGAGCCGAGAGAUGCAAAGGAUGUGGCGGGAAAGGUCACAUGCGGAAGAAUUGCCCUCUCAAAUCUACGGGCAAUGAUGGACCUCGCCGGGGUGAUGAUGGAAAGGGUGGUGCUGGACCUCGCGUGCGCAGUGCUACUACUACGGGAACGGCUCCGGGAGACGGAAAGAGAGAUGAUGGAACGCUUCCUCAGGUUCCUCCCGCUACCUCGUCGACACCGUCGGGCUCGGCCUCUAUGGGAGCUUCUGCAGCUCAGAGUGGAUCUACAGCAUCGGCUACGUCUACGGCAACCAACAAGGAUAUGGAUGAGUUCCUAAAGAGCGCGGCCCAGGUGUUGAAGAUGAUGACUGAACAGCAAGGCGGGGCUGGGCAACCUAGCCCUUCAAUGAAAAUGCUGAAGCGCGCAGUGAUGAAGUACGAGCAGAAGAUGGCCUUGGUGGACUCGGGAGCUACGCACCCACUGAGGAAGGCAACCACCGUGGAAUGGACGGAGUCACCUGAGGUUGAUGUGGUUGUGGCUGGAGAUGGAACUGCGAGGAUGAAGCAAAAUCGGUCGGGAACUUUGUUGACGCAGCCCACUACAACGCAAACUUCGUCCCAAACUAUAUUGCCCGUGGGAAGCUUGGUGAAUGUGCUGGGCUAUGAACUGAGGUGGUGUAAGCGAAAGUGCAUCCUGCGAGCUCCGGAUGGCAAGGAGAUUCCAUUGAAGACGACCUCGGGAUGUCCUGAAGUGGAUGAGGCAAAGGCUUUGGAGUUGAUUGCGGAGAUUGAGCAGGAGAACUUACAUCGCCUGCAGCGCGAGACGGAGACCACCAGAGUGGCCAUGUUGAGGGCCAAUGAGGUUUGUGCAGAUGAGCAAUGGGAAAAAAGUAUGAAGCGCUAUGUUGCCGAGGGAUUGUUCGAGCACGGGUUUCGCUACUUGGCGUCAGCUCCGUGGCUUCAUGAUGUUCCCAGGGAGAACUUGAUCAAGGUUGUCACGGACCUACCAAAGGACCUGAACGAGGCAUGGCAACUUAUGAUGCACCUGGGUUUCAACAGACGGAUGAGGAAGAGAUUGGUGCACAAAGACUGGUUGGUCAAGCUAUUUAGUGGACGUGGUGAUCCUCAGGACAAGGCGUUCAAGGCAGCAGAGAACAAUGGUGCGAUGACAUUGGAUGUGGAUGUUCAAAGGAUGUCCACCUUGGACCUGAGAAGCCAAGGACCGGGAAUCAUGAAGUUGCUUUUGUACGUGGGGAGCGGCCACGGGAAGGAUCGCUUCGGUGAUUGGUGGGAUCCCUCGUACAAGUACCGAGGAACUUUUGACAAGGCGGAAGAGGAUGAAACGGCCAGGGUGUGGCAGCUGGAUUGGUUUCGGAGGUGGAUCGAGACGCAGAACCUAGAGGUGAUCCACUUUGAGCAAGGAGGCCUGGGGCACCCAGUUCGGAAGCCCACUGCGAUGAUCACCAAUCUUGAUGUGUCCGAGUUGCGCGGGGUGAAGGACCUAAGGCUGAAUGUCUCGGAGAAAACCAUGGCUUGGGCAUCAUGGGCUCCUUUCCUCACGAGGAUGCUCAAGGCGCUCCGGGCAGUUGAUCGAAAGGCGUGGGAGAGACAUUUAGCCAACGACCACACCCCUUACAGAGCGGACUGUUUGCAGUGCAUUCACAAUGCAACGGGUAGACCUCAUCGCCGAUGCCUACAUCGAGAUUGCUAUGUGUUGAGUGCAGACGUCUUGGGUCCGGUGAGAGUUGCAGGUCCCAAGGGCGAGAGACACGCCAUUGUGUUCACGUACCAGUUCCCCAAACAGCAUUUGGCACCCGAGGACCAACCAGUACCUGAAGAAGAUCUGGUGGGGUGGAAUUUGGAUGCCAAAGAAACCAAACCUGAAGCACCACCAGAAGAAGAGGAGUAUUCCCCGGAUGAAGGACCUGAUCCAGAGCUAUCUCGAGAAGAACUUGAUGAACUACGACGGGUACAAGCUGAGGUUGUGGAGUUUCCGGAGGAGGAGUUUUCUGGGGUGCGAAAGGUUAAGGUUGGGAAGGACGCCGAGUCAAAGGAGGACUGGUGGGAGUUUCAUGAAGCAACUGGCGUGCUUGUUCGGCACCAUGUGGCGGCGAGGGAUAAGUUGUUCCGACCUACAUCAUGGAAUGGAUGUCCAGUAGACCCGGCAAAGUUGGAGCCAACGCGAAUUACGGACAUCCAGUAUGUGGGCGGCGGGGUGGAGAUGGAGACCUCAGAUUGGCAUGGUCCUCAGUCUGGAGCAAGAAAGUUACCGCGUAUGUGGACUGGAAGAACGACCUUCAAGAUUUCGGCAGCUGAGGAACCCGAGGAGGAAGACCUUAUGAAGAAGGACGAGGAAACUUGGGAGAAGAUCAUCGGGGACCUCACUCAGCCGGUGGAGAUGGACACGAUCUACAUGGUUUACCCGGUUCGGGCUCGACGAGGCGGUGACGCUAUGCUGGCCAUCCAAGAGGCGUCAGAGUUUGCUUCGAAGGGGCUCCGGAAGUGGCUACUUGAUCACGACAUCUACCACACCCGGUCAGAGGCUUUGGUUCCGCAGACCAAUGGUGCAGCAGAGCGAGGAGUGCGAUGGUUCAAGACGAGAGCCAAAGUUCUACUUGAUGAAGCGAAGGUGGCUACAAAGUACUGGACGUUGGCAAUGCAGCAUGCUGCAAACCGAAGGAUCUACGAGCGACUUGGUUUGCAUCGACCCGAGCUACUACGGUUUGGGGCCGAGGUUUUGGUACGGCGGAAGGUUUUUGGGAACAACAAGAAGUACGACCUCACGGACCGCUGGGAGAAGGGCACCUACUUGGGUCUAUCUGACUCAAUCAAGGGGGGCUCCAUUGUCCUAAGACCCAAUGGCCUACUCACCGAGACGUUGAACCUGAAGACCAAGGUCGUGGAUCCACAUGUGGUGUUGCAGGAACCAGAAGUCCCAGGAGAUGACGAUGGAGGAGGUGUUGGGGAUGUUGAUGCAGAGCUUGUACCAGUGCUUGAUCUACCUAUACCGGACCACCGCUUGAAAGGGAAGCAACCACCUCCUGAAAUCAGAAAGAUGGAGGCCUCGAACGACGAUGGAUGCAAAAAGGUACCGUCGGGAUGGACGAGGAGAUCUAUGGUAAGGGCUCAGGAGGAGAAGGCUUUGCAUCUCUACAACCACAGCAAGUUUGAUGAGGACUCCUGUGCGGAACUCUUGAGCGAAAUCAACCUUACGGGAAAGAUGAGAACGAAGUCAAGAGGAACGUCGUCUUCGUCGGCGAUGCUAGGAGCCUAUGUUCAUGGAGGGCUUCGUGGUGUGACAGUGGCAAUGAGGAAGAGACCGGCAUUGACGAAGUACCUAAACAUGGUGCUUAGGAUGCGGGCUGCGGAAAACCUCAGUCAUGAUGUGAGCUGGACUACGUUGGGUGUGUUCAAGGCGGCGGAUAUUCCACCUCACAGAGACCUACGAAAUCAACCCAAUACCCUCAACUAUGUCACGGAGAUUGGAGUGCGAGAUGCUGGUGGCCUUUGGGUUGCUAAGCAAGAUGGACGUACAGGUUGUGAGGGUGGUGGAAAAAUCACGGAACACAAUCGUGAACUACCUGAUGGAAACCUAGUAGAAGGAGACCUUGUGAAGAUCAGUGGUUGCGCGGUGGCCUUUGAUCCCAGGGUUGUGCAUUCCUAUGUGAACAAGGAGACGGAUAGGUGGAUCGUGGCCGGCUUCACGCCGCUGGGUGUGGAAAACUUGAAGCCGGAGGCCGUGCCGCAGCUUCUGAAGGGAGGAUUUCCUUUGGAGGGCUCUUCGGUGUCGUUGGAAGGAGUGGAUGUGGAAGACUAUGAGGACACAGAGAGCUCUAUGGACAGCGACCCCAGCAGCCAGGAUGAGGAGGAGGUCGAAGACAAAGCUCGUGUUCUACGAUGUGCUCUGGAGCAGGAUGAAUGUAUGCGAAAGGAGGCGGAACAUCGUGAUCAACAUGCACUCUACCUGGAGACGCUGCUGGAGGAGUUCACCAAAGAGAUUCAGUAUAAGGAGAGAAAGAAGAUGAGAAAGAUCAUGAAGAUGGUUCCAGGUGCGGCGGCCAAUGUGGAGGUGGAACAGCUGUUAUCGGAGCUACAUGGACCGUUGGAGGUGGUGCACAACGUAGGGUUGCCGGAGGUGAAGAAGUAUUUGCCAAAGUGGAAGGGUGCGAUCAAGAAAGAAGUGAAGGCCCUUGUGGACAGCGGGACUAUUCGAAGGCUGACCCCAGCGGAAGCACGAGAUCUACGACAGAAGGGGCUAAUCGUGCUCCCCGGAAAGGGGGUCUUUACAGUCAAACCCCCGCUGGAGGCCAAGGAGCUGGGUGCAGAUAUGUAUCGCAGAAAAUGUCGAGUGGUGGUAUGCGGCAACUAUUUGCCCCAGAGCGGCACCGAGGUCUACGCCAGCGGUACCUCAGCGGAUUCACUCCGCUUCAGCAUCGCCUACGCUGUGUACCGGGGAUGGGGCGCCGGUGGAACCGACAUUUCCAACGCUUUCACGCUUGCCCCUAUGCCGGGGGAACUACUUUAUGGACUACAACCGCCUACAGUCGUGCUGCAAGCUGAGGAAGCACAGCCCGGUGAGCUGUGGCUUAUACAAAGGGUGCUGUACGGACUGCGGGAGGCACCAAGACUUUGGAGCGUUUUUAGGAAUGACCGGUUCCUACAUGCUCGAGUUCCUCAUGGUGAUGAAGUGCUGAUGUUGAAGUGCAUGGAAACAGAUGAAAAUGUGUGGCUCAUCCGUGGGGAACAAGACUCCAAGAUCUACGGCAUGAUGAUUGUGUAUGUGGAUGAUAUCUUGUUCCUAUCCUCCAACGACAUCAUCAGGAGCAUGUACAAGUGGCUAACGGAUGGCUGGAAGUGUACGGCUUUGGAAAUGUUAGAUGAUGGGCCAAUCCGGUUCCUGGGCAUGGAGCUAAGAAAGUGGCGAGAUGGGAUACAUGUGUCUCAGUCGGGAUACAUCAGGGACCUACUUCGUCAACAGGGAGUCUGUGAGUCGAACCAAGGGCUUACAGUACCGUGUGCACGUGAAUGGCUACAAGACGAAGACAGCGACGAGGAGAAGAAGGUUCCUGAGGAGUUCCUGGUGAAGGCGGCGCAAAAGGCCACGGGCGAGACGCUUUGGCUGAGCACCCGGAGUCGUCCGGAGCUGGCCCAUAGUGUGGCAUGUAUGGCCGCCAGGGCACUCAAUCAACCUCAAAAGGCCCUGGAGAUCCACAAAAGGGUGAUGCUCUACCUAUCAAGGACGGUCGAGUACGGCAUCUACUUCUACCACGACGACACGGAACCGAUGCUCACGGUGUAUUCGGAUGCAAGCUACGCACCGGGAGGAGGACGCUCGUUUGGAUGCAUACUGGCGCAAGUGGCAGGUACUCCAGUGGCUUGGCGAGCAAGCAAGCAGCCGGUGAUCACCCUAAGUGUUGCCGAGGCAGAACUCUACGAGGGCAUUUCAGCUGUGCAGCUCGGUUUGGGCUUUGAGGCGAUGCUUCACGAGUUGGGUGAAGCUCCGGUGAUGGUGUUGAAGAUUGACAACCAGGCCGCUCAAGGCCUGGCAAGCGAAGCACCCGGGAGCUGGAAAACUCGACACCUACGCAUCCGAGCGAGGUUUCUCCGGCAAGAAGUUUCUGCACAAAGGCUUCAUGUGAUGCAUGUUCCAGGAGAACUUCAGAAGGCAGACCUUGGGACGAAGGCGUUCGACUUGCCUAAGUUCCGUUCCUUGAUGGCGUUGUGGAGAAUGCUACCAUGGAGUACCGAGGAUGUGGGAAAGGCGGACCUGAAGUCGAUUGCGGCGAUCAACAUGAAGAAGCCUUUAAUGUUCGUGCUGAUGUGCUUGGUGAUGAUUCAGAGUGCUGAAGCAGCGAAGGAGGACCUACAGCUUGACGGUUCCCUGGAGUUCUACGCGGUGACGGUGCUUGUGGUUGUAGCGGCGGUAGCAGUAUGGGAGUUGCUUAAGAGGGUUUGCCGUGGAAUGAGCAGAUGGUGGACUUCAUCCAGAAAGAAACGUGAAAGGAUGGAAAGGCUGCGCAAUCGCGCUCAAGCAGCGGUCCAGGAGGAGAUCAGGAGGUAUGAGCCUCGAGCUGAUUCCCCCUUAGCGACUACCCGGCGAUCGUCUACUUCGUCUACUACUAGACGGACUCCGAUGAGCCCGGCACCUACGAUUAGCACAAGUACUGGAGUGCACAUGAGAUCGAUCAGCACCCAAACGGAUCCAGGACCCGCAAUGAUACCAGCCAACAGGCUGGCAGCCUACAAUGGACCGUUCUACGUGACGACGCAUGGUGACAGAGUUCAUUUGACAAGCUAUUGCCACGGGCAGAGAAAUGCUGCUGCGGCUUCAAAGCGAUUUGAGCUCUGUCAUUACUGUGACAGGGCGCGGGGACUCUAUGUGCUUACGGCUCCAGACGAAGAUUGA